AUUUACAGUUAGAGUUCAGAUGGUUAAUUAUCGAUGUUUUUCUGCAAUUUUUAUGGGUUAAACACAGGAAAAUACGAUGUUCUGAGUACGAUAAUCUGGUAACGCUGGGCGGGAGGGAGACAAACAUGGCGGCGGGCGGGCGUGAACGCGUCUCCUGCACCUACGUCCACACCAGCCCCUCCAUGCACCCCCCGAGCCUCACCGCCAGGACAGGGUCUUGUAUGCAUAAAACUGGUGAAGACGAGGCAAAGAUUCCCCCGAACAACAUGAGCAAGAGUGUCGGUGGAGACAUGCCAGACACACUUGCCUCCUCCACACCUUUCACUGGGGACAUGGCAUACAGGUCCACUUGUCCCUGUUACCUGUAUGGGAUGUGUCCGCUGCUGCCAGUGUCUGAGGGCUGGGACGGGAUGGCGUCACAGGAGGGGAAGAUGGAGGAGGAGAUGGGUCAUCCAUUGGACAUGUAUCAGUAUUCACCAUCUAGUUACCUCACUUAUAAUUUUCCCAGUCCUGCUCCUCUUGGUAAUCUUCAUCCUACUGCCAUGCCUGCUAAUCCUGCUGUUCCUAUCAUCACACCCUCGCCUUCCCUCAUCGUCGUCAGUCCGUCACCCCCUUCGUCCUCCUCACCACCACCCAUCAAAGUCCCCAAAGGAGAAGAAGAAGGACAAGAUGCACUCAAUACAAUGCUAAAUGGCAUAGAAAAUAUACAGAAUAGGAGUGGUGGGUAUCCCUUACGGACACCACACCCCAUGCUAUCACCAACGAUGAACACGCCCCUCAAUCACAUCCCUAAUGGCACAUCCCCUCAGCUGUUCACAGAGGAGAGUAAACUUGGUAUGUUCGGGGCUGAUGGCUGCUGGUACUCACUGGCCAGCAUGCAGAAUAUGAACGGAACAGAUCACCUCAACCAGCACCCCCACCUCCCUGCACCUCCCCUUGCCUCCACUCUUCAGAAACCCUCACCCUUCUACCCUUACUUUCCCUCCUCCAAUCAUGCUGCCCUCCUCUCUACACCAUCACAUUCCUUCCGUGAUCCGGCUGCAUACAUUCCACCGGUUUCCACAUUUGGCUCCCUUGCUACGUCUUCCCCUUCCUCGUCCUCCUCCCUCUCGUUCUACUCCACCCCGCCCUUCAGUCACGGCUCCCCCCCCAAUGGGCUGAGCGAGCCAGGGCAGAAUGGGGUCCUCUAUUACAACUGCUAUCAGCACCUCAAUAUCCCCACGGAUGUCUUCGGAAAGCCUCGACUCAUCUCCUCAGUCAGGAAGGAAGGACAGCUGUCAUUGGAGGAGUUGUGGACGGAUCACAUGAGUGUCCUGUUCAAGCAUCUGCCUGACGAGUGGGUGUUGGCGGCUGCCCAGGCUGACCACAAGUUUAGCUCCUCCUGGUACUUCUUCCGGGACCUGGCGAAGGUGCGCUUCUACUGCAAGACCUGCAACGACGGGUGGACCAGCAUGUACGGGGUGGUGGUGUUCCACUACCGCUGGAAUAAGCGCUCCAUGCAGGGCCAGAUAUUCUACAAGGUGGCCGGGCAGAAAUGCGGUGGCACUUGCAAGGCUGAGGGCUUUGAGCUACCCCUGUGGUACCCGGAGGAGGCACAGAAGGUGAUCACCAACCUCUACUACAAGAUUGCCGCACAGUACUACAACCUGGUAACUCCGCAGUACAUCAAGACGAGGCGGUUUGGUAGGCCGGCAACGCACCACAACCGUAACCUGUGCGAAGGGUGUGUCCAGGGCAUGUGCAAGAUGGAUCCCGGGGCCUCGGACAUCCAGCAGUGAGUGGGUGGACGGCGGCAGUAUGGGUGGUAGCGUUGGUUGUUUGGGUCUUUGUGAUUCAAUAGGGGGUUUUAAGUUGCAUGUCUAGAGGAUAUAUACACCAGUGUUUUUAUUUUGGGUUUAUAUUUUUUAUGUACUAAUUUUAUCCUUAGUUUUUCCACAAGAUGCAUUUUGGUGGUUUCUUUUACCCCCACAGUAGUUUAUCUUUUUGUAAGGAUUUUGGUCGGGUGCUGUUUUCUGUGCUCCCUGCCUCCUGAAUUUGCAUGUACAUGGCUGGCUCUGUGUAGGAUGUAUAGCAUGACCACGGCGGUGCAAGCCUCGUUGCGGCAAGCUUCUGCUUCAGUGUGAGUUUGGCUUUUAACUUUUACUUGCUGUACCUUCCUUCAGUGUUAUCAAUGCAUGGACUCAUAUAAUGGAUGUCAGCUGGCUUGCAUUGCUGUUGUUAUUGAGCCAUUGUGGCUGCAGAAACAUUUUUCAUAUUUCAGAUUGUAAUUUAAGUAAAUCCACUAAUGUUUGGGGCUGUUCAAAAAUUACGUAGCGCCUAAGGGUGGAUGAUGGUGAACUGUUAUGAGUGUGACAGUUGGGGGAGGGGUGCAGCAGCUAUGUGUAUUUUAAAUAACAUACAGAUUUUUCCUGUGGAAAUUCAGUAAAUGGCUAAAGAACAUUUUCAUUUUCAAUUUCUCGGAGAUUCUUUAAUAUCAUAAAAUUAUUUAGAAAAAUUUGCUUAUAUCAUUACAUUUGAAAAAAAAGAAAAAGGACAUCUAAUAAUUGGGAAAGGGGGCAAGGUACCAGCUGGUGUUACAUUAUUUUCUAGGGGGUCUGGUAUUGUUUCAAGGCGUGACAAAGGGGGAGGGGGAUUAAAAAUUCUAUAAAAAGCAUUAUGUAAUUUUUGAAUGGCUUCAAAUGAUUCAUCAUAUGAAAUUAUAUUAGUUUGCACAUUACUACAGUGAAAAAAUUUUCAAAUUAAUUUUAUGCCCCGAUUAAUGAAAUUUCUUGCACAAUUGAUAAUUAUUUAGGUAUAAGCUGUUCAUCUAAAAUUAAUAUAAUAUACUGAAAGUCUUCUCAUAAAAAAAUAUUUUGCAUGCCAUGUUUUAUGAGGAAAAGAAAAUAAAUUUUUAUUCACAAUUUUUUAAUAUUUUAGCACUUUCUGAAAGAAUGUAUUAAGAUUAGAGGAUAUGUUGAUUUAGAUCUUUAUAAAAGUAUCUGUUCUCAAACUUGCUCCAGUCGUGUUGAAUCCAAAGGUAUGUGAGCAAUGCACCGCCUCGUGUGUUGGCGUAGGGGCUGAGUUUUGGGAUUUUCUGCUGCUGUAAUUUAUCCUUUUUAGUUGCUUUAGAAUUUUCUUAAGUUAACAUUUUUGUUAUAAAGAUGAUUUGAGCAAAGUUCACUGAAGUUUUGCAAUUACAAAUAAUACAAAUAUUAGUUUACUUCAUGAAAUUUUUUGCCAAGCACAAUGCAUGUUACACAACAAUGAGUAAUUUGAUACUUCAGUGGCUUUGAAGACCAUAUAUUGUUUUUAUAACUGUUCUAUUUUUGAAUUUGCAUGAGUUUUGUAUUUUGAGCUGUGCAUGUAUGUGGCUUUGUAGCUGUGGCUGGUCCUCACCCAAUAAAGCCACUUUCUCAUGUUCAAGUGUAUGUUUUGUCAGUGACAUUGAAAUGUACAAUACCUGAAUGAAGUACAAAUUACAAAGUACAAAAUGCUUGAAUAUUCAGUUAGGAAAUGUUUAAGCAGGAUUGUUAUGAAUAUUAAUGCUACAAGUUAAUUUUGUUUCAAGAUAAUAUAGUUUCAAGGAAAGUACAUUAUUCUUGUUCUUUGUGAUGUAGGGUAGCACCUAACACCACCCAGCAAGACAAGGUCCUCUUGGCAUUUUGUUUAUUGUUUGCCGUUUGUCUCAACCACCUCCAUGCAAAAUAAAGUGCAUGGUGGCAGUGUAACACAAGAAUUCAGUUGAUGGUUGACCAACACUAGUUCUUAUGUUGAUAAAUUAUUCUACGUAGUUGUGGUAGAGUUACCUGGUGAUGCCAGGCAGCACAACAGUAGGUCUCGGCAAAGAUACUAAGAACGGAAAUAGUAGACAAAAGAAA